UGAGACCUUCAAUCCCUCCUCACUGCAGCUUGGACCAGCCCCCAACACAGGGAACCUGAACUGGGCAGAGCUGGUCCUGCUCACUGGAAUGCACCUACCCUGCUCCGCUUGCAGGAAGCUCAGGGUCCGGCGGUCCCCCUCCCUCCCCCCGCACCGUGCACUUUCCCGAUCUCAAGUCUCCAGGAUCUGGGAUACCUCUUCAGCACAGUAUUGAUGUAAACAACUAUGUGCGUUUCCAGUUUUAAGAUCCACAUGAUCACCUGCUAUUCACAGAAGAUCUCCUAUCCUGUUUGAUCCCAUCAAACAGAUAUCCUAUUACAUAUUGCAUACCGUAGCAUUUAGGAUGAAUGGCAGUACUGAAGAUAUUAUCAGUCCCUUUCUGAACCAGACUCUUCUCUAUGACUAUAAUGGUACAUGUGUGGGCACUGUCUUGGGACAUACUUGCAACAAAAGCAGUGCCCAUAACUUUCAGCUGCCAGUCUUCUCCAGUGCAGCAAAAGUUCGAGUUGGGAUCACCAUUCUCGUUUUCACCAUGUCUGCAGUCUGCAACCUCGCUGUGCUCUGGACGACCACUCAGAAUCGCAAGAGGAAAUCCCACGUAAGAAUUUUGAUUGUGAAUCUGGCUGCUGCGGAUCUCCUGGUAACGUUCAUCGUGAUGCCUCUGGAUGCCAGCUGGAACAUCACGGUUCAGUGGCAGGCUGGGGACAUCGCCUGUCGGUUGCUGAUGUUCCUAAAGCUCAUGGCUAUGUACUCCUGCGCGUUUGUCACGGUGGUGAUUAGUGUAGAUCGCCAAUCUGCCAUUCUGAAUCCUCUGGGCAUCAGUGAAGCCAAAAAGAAGAAUAAAAUCAUGUUGACUGUAGCUUGGAUUUUGAGUGUCAUCUUGUCCAUUCCACAGAUUAUCUUGUUUCACACUGUCAGUAUUACUGAGCCGCAGAACUUCACACAGUGUUCCACAAUGGGCAGUUUCAAGGAACACUGGCAGGAGACCUCGUACAACAUGUUCACUUUUGUUUUCCUGUUCCUCGUACCACUGGUCAUCAUGAUAUACUGCUACACCCGAAUCCUGGUGGAGAUAUCAAAGAGGAUGAACAAGGGAAAUUUGUCCUCAAAAGAAGUGCAUUUAAGGCGAUCGACAAAUAAUAUACCAAAGGCACGCAUGAAAACGUUAAAAAUGAGUGUAAUUAUUGUAACCUCUUUCAUAGUGUGCUGGACUCCAUAUUACCUUCUAGGACUAUGGUAUUGGUUCUCACCAGAAAUGCUCUCAGAAGGAAAAGUCUCCCAAUCUUUGAGUCACAUACUCUUCAUUUUUGGUCUCUUUAAUACUGUCUUGGAUCCCAUCACCUACGGACUUUUUACCAUCCAUUUCAGGCGAGGCUUACAACGUUGCUGCCAUUCUGCUAAGAUGGUAACCAAUUCAGAGCUUAAUUCUUCACUGACCAGAUCACUCAGGUGUUCUGCAUCAUCUCUUCGCCUGAAGAGAUUAACUGCACUUGCUCAAGAAGGUCACAGAUCAAUGGCGGAGGAUGAGCCUUAUAGUAAAGGCAGUUAUUAUAGCAACGGUUAUCUUAAUGCAUACAAAGAUGAUGCCAAAAAAAGCAUCAGUACAAGUGCAGAAAAUACAAUGUAGGCUGAUGGCAAGUGCCAUGUAGUCUUGCCGUACAAAACAUGACAACUGUUAUAAGUAAUGGCUUAUUUGCAGUGUGCUUUGUUUAAUUUUUUCCAGUUCUUCUAGUGGUUUACAUUUUCUUUUUUUUUCUUUAUUCCAAUACUUGACUUUGUGUGUUUUAUUUAUUAAAAAAUAAAUCUCUUCUCUAUCUCUAAAAGCUCAUA